AUUUGCUUCUUGACCAGUGGCUGUGCAGUCAAGUGAGAUGAAUGAAUGCCUUAACCAACAGGCUGAUCUGACUGACACGGGCAGAGUCUCACACACACGCGCAUUCCUCAUGCACCCGCCGUUCUGACACCACACGACCCCUAACAAAACCACCCGCCAGUUGCGCGAAGAACCAGGCAAAGACACGGCGCACCUACUCUGUCUGGUGUCUGCCUCCCAUUUCUGGUCACGUCCAAAGCAACACCGAGUUGUCUGCCCCUGCCGUGAGCAGCCACGGCUGCGUCGGGUGCCACAUGGCAUCGAGCACGCCCAGGUCGUCGCGGACGGUGUGGCCGCCCUGCAUCCACACAACACAUACACAUACACAUACACCGAUACGUUUGUUUGAUGGGGCGUGUGCAUCGUCUGUCCAUUUCUCCCUCCCUCCCUGUGUCUGCCUGACCUGCAGUUUCUUGAGUGGUAUAAUGAGGGGGUUCUGCAUCAGGUCGGAGAACACCUUGGCCUGCAAAAGGUGCACACACCUGCCGGCAGGCAGGCCAGGCCACACACGAUAGACACACAUGUGCACAGGGGGCAAGGGCAGGUGACUCGUGUCUGGUUGUGGUGUGUACCCAUCGUCUGAUGCGGAGGCCAUCAGUGGAUAGCGCCCAUGAAGAGCCACCUGACGGACGGCGCGGUCGUGGUACCUGCACACACACCAGAACGCACCCACAAUGGUGUCGGAGAGCCCUCGGCCAGCCCCACGCCACUAGGCCUAUGUGUUGGUUGGCGCACCUGAGGACUUUGUAAGGCUUGUUGGAGAGGUCCAGGUCGAACCAGAUGAGCCGCCUGUCAUAGGUGCCCACCACCACAUGGUCGCCGCUGCGGUGCACGUGCAUCGAGCUGAUCCACUUGGCGCCAGACACCAGCGUCUUGAGCAGCUGCUGCGACUUGAGGUCGUACACGCGCACGGCCGUCCGUGUGGCGGCGAAGAACCAUGGCUUGGAGGGGUGGAAUGAAACUCGCUGUAUCUGGCCGCCCUUGGACUUGCGGAAGGGCCGGCGGGACACCUGGGUGGUGAUGGAGUGCAGCACGCACUGAGAUGAGGGGGCGGGGGAGAGAGGGCACACCACGGCCAGAUAAUGACCUGGAUGGGAGGAAAACAACACAACGGCGAAAUGACACGGAUCAUUUCUCAUGAGCUGCCGACCACCACGCUUACCUUUUUGGUGCCACUGCAGCUGGUGGAUGACGGCCUCGUGUAUGAUCUUCAGGCGGACCCCGUGUUUGCCCAGGACCGACCGCCGCGGCACCUCCUCCCACUUGAUCUCCCUCUUCUCACCUGCCUUGCCCUCACCCUCACCGUCAGACCCUUCGGCGUCCUCCUCGCCCCCCGCCUCGCCAUCCGCCAUCUCACCCUUGCGCAGCUUCAGGACUUCCUCUGCCUUGGCCGACAUGCUCAUGAGCUCCUCGGUCGGCAAAGAUGGGGCGUCGGGCGGUGAUGCUGGUGUGAUGGUGUAGGUGGGGAGUGUGGGUGUGAGGAGGUAGAGGCACUCCUCGGUGGCCACUGCGACGAUGGGCAGGUCGGUUGAGGAGCGGGGGUUCCAUGACGCUGCUGUCACCUUGCGCUUGAAGGUGAUGCACUGAAUUCAGUGCAUCAGAGACACACACACACACACACAGAUAUACACACACACGCUGUCUGUGCUGUUUUACCUGGAAGGCGCGUCCGCUUUUGAGUUCCCAUAUCCUGAGUGUGCAGUCCUCGCCACCGGUGAGCACCCACUGGCCGCAGGGCGACAACGAUGCGCAGCGCACCAUCCCCGAGUGACCGUCAUAUGACACACUCACUGCCAGAGGGAACGGACGGAGAUCCUGCACGACACACACAGGGAAGACACGAGUUGCUUAAGGCAUUUGUGUGUGUGUCCCGCUCACCGCAGGGCUGGACAGCUUUGGCAGCAGUGCUUCUGGGUCGAUGUUCAUCCGCUGCUUGAUCGCACGGGGGCAUAGGUAGAGAUCCAGGCAUCGCUCAAACCUGCAAGUACACGCACCCACAUCAGGUGGAUGCAGAACGAGCCACUUCCUCUCUCUCACAGUGUCUGUCCAUUCACCCUACCUCUCGAGAAUGAGUUUCUUGUACCCCGGCACCCGUCUGAGGCAUAUCUGCCGCCCGUCCCUGGGCUUGACCUGCGCCACGGUGCCCACGUCACCAUCCUCCUCUAUCUGCGCCUUCUCCUCCUCCGUCACGAAGUACUCCUCCGGCGGGUUGUAGCUCUCCGCAUGGCCGGGCAGGGGCAUCUUGGGCGCAGGCAUGGGUGGCGGCCCCCUGACGCGGCCCUUGGGCGUGUCGGUCUCCUGGGUGAUGUUGCGGCCCCAGAUGUCAUACAUCUCGGGCUCGGGCGGGGGAGGGGGGCGCAGCUUGCCCUCACGGAUAAGCUUGACCAGUCGGUGGAUCUUCUUGGCCUCCCACUUGGACGGAAGGAAUCGGGCUUUGGGAGGGUGGUCACGACGCAUUGGGUGAAUCCUGAGGAGAAACAAACAGCCGGUGCGUCGGUAGAUGGGUCAGCCAUCUGUCUGUGUGCGUGUCUACUUGUCAGGGUAGUCCAUUGGCGGAAUGUAGUAGUCGUCGGGGUCGAAUGAGGGGUUGGGGUACUUGCCAGCGCGGAUGCGACGAAUCACCUGACAGACAGACACAGAAGAGAUCGACAUGCAGGCACCAGAAACAGACGUACGUGUGUUUUGUGUGGUUGCCCUCUCCCUCCAUGUCGGCAGCCUACCUACCUACCUACCUCAAUGUCUGUGUCGGUGAGGGUGAUCUCCCUUUGGUUCUUCAUGUCCUUGAUCUUCUUCCAGUGGUCGGGGUCGUCCGCCUUGGCCAGCAGCGCGUCCACCUCGCUCGCUUUGAGCGUCUUCAUCACCUUCUCGCCCUCAGACGUGUAACCUGCACACACACACACACACACCCCACACCCAUAGGCGCGCGGGAGAGAUGAUUCUUAACUUCAUACAGCGAUUCGUGUCGUCUCAUGCUGUGCUGUGCUGUGCUGUAUCAUGACUGACUGACCGAUGUGGUCGAAGUUAUCGUACCACUCAAGGGGCACAUCACCGAUGCGGUUGAUGUCCGCAUCAUCGUCGCUGUCGUACAGCUCGCUGUCCUCAUCUUCAUCAUUGUCGUCGUCUUGUUCUCCCUCGAGCGGCCCCUCCUCCUCCUGCUCAGCCGCCUCCCGCUGUCGUCGCUCCUGCCGCAUCUGCUUGAGCGACAUCUCCACGAACUUCUUCUCGCGCUUCUCGCGCUUGGUGGGCUUUUCGCCUGCUGCGGGUUCGUCGGUCUCCUGCGUGGCCUCAUCUUUGUCAGAGGGCUCCUCCGCGUCAUCCUCAUCCUCGUCGCUUUCCUCCUCUUCAUCGCUGCCCUCCUCUUCUGACUCGUCCUCGUCUUCAUCUGAUUCCUCCUCCAGCUCCGUGCGGCCGUAUUCGACAUCGUCCCGCUCGUUGUCCAUGACGAAGUCGCCCGUCGCUGCAUUGUCGUCAGCCUCAUUCUCAUCCGACUCGCCGCCCUCCUCGUCCUGACAAACACAUUCAAAGCAGUAUAUAUGUCAUGAGUCAAAGGAGCGCGUCACAAUGCAGGUGUCUGCCUUACCGAUGGGUCAUCGAUGUUGAGCAGCACUUCCCCGGCCUGUUCAUCGUUGUCAUCAGCUGCUGCUUCAGUGUCGGCCGUCAUGCGAGGCAGGAUGCCUCUCUUCUUCAACGCACGGCCAGACAUUGACGAGAGAAGCACUUUGACAAUCUCUUGAACGGUAGAUGAUCUCUGUGGCCUAGAUCUUCAGCCCAGCUGUCCUGAGGCCUUCACAGAGGUGUCCUCCUUGGGGCGAAAGAGUCG